AUGCAACCUCCUCCACAACCGCCACACCAGCACUUCAAUCCGAAUCCAAUGUCGGCCAUCAACGCAAGGCAAGGCCCCGGUCCGAGGUAUCCUCCCUCUUCGGGCGGGUCCGCUAUGGGCUUUUACCCUUCUACAAAUGGCACCGGCGGGCCAUCCGACUCGUAUGCAUCAUCACAACCGCCAACAUCACCGCAGCCGACCAUCACAUCUCCACGCGGCGCUCCCGCCAUACAGCUGCUUGACGCCCCCCUCUCCAGCCCACAAGAUGCCUCGUUCGCCUCUUCCUCGGCUUCAUCUGGCCCCUCAGGUUCCAGGUAUCGCCGUGCAAGGCCGGAUACCGAGGAGAUCAAGCGCGUCGGCCGGUCCCACUACGUCGAGCUGCUUGGCUUCCUCCGAAGCCACCUAGCCAAAGUCGAGCAGACAGCACCGCGCUCCAACGCGCGCGAAAAACUCACCCGUCUCAGCAAGCAGCAGUUCACCGAGCUUUCGACCGAUGUCUACGAUGAGCUCAUGCGACGUCAGAACAACGUCAAGAACGGCAGCAGCCAGCCCUUCCUCGCAGUCCGCGACGAGUUCCAUCCCAAACGCAACCAGGCCAGGCAGAAGUUGGCCACUCUCCCCAAGAACCGUUUCAAGGAUCUCGCUUCCGACGUCUUCUUCGAGCUCGAACGUAGAUUCCCGGAACUCAAGCAAGAGUUUCGCCCAGAAGUCAUUGCGCGCGAAAAGGGGCGCGAGCAGCAGAUGCGUCAGGAGGCAGAGGCGGCGUUGCAGCGAAAGGAUUCCAUGGGCCAACCUCAGCCAUCAAUGUCGGAUCGCAUCGUACCCGCGAAAAGCACGCUUGUUGAAGAAGAUAUUGCAGUCCCAUAUACGGCAAACGCAUCCAAGUCAAGCAAUCGCAGCAACGACAUGGACGGCCUGUCCGAGCGUAUCUCCUCGCCUCUGCGCGACUCCACCGGCUCAAAUGGAGUCAACGGCAUCCCUGACAAUCGCAGCACCAUGUACAGUCAAGCGAGCAGUCUAGGCACUGGCUUUUUCAACGGCUAUUCGGGCAGCAUCGCUGCAGGUAGCGUCGCAAGUCCCAAUCUAGGUCGUGGCAGCGCCUUUGAAUCCAUUGACGUUUCCUCUUCAGCAGCCACCGAAAAGAUGCGCUCAGACUACGAGCUUCGCAUCGCCAAGCUUCAGCAGCAGAUCAGCUCGCUCGAGGCGCAGAUGGCCGAAGCCGGUCCGCGGGCGCGCAAGGCCGACGAGCUUGCCGGCCGCAACGAAGAGCUCGAUCGACAGCUCACACAGCUGCGCAAGGAGCUCGACGAAACCAAGCAGAAACAUCAGGAUGACCGCGAAGUGCAUCGCACUUUCGCCACCGACAAGGAGUCGGAGCUCGACGCUUUGAGAAGGGGGUUGCAGGACAAGGCGUCCAUCGGCGGCCAGGCUGAUUUCGAGGCGCUGCAGAGAGAACACGCACAGUCGACCGAGGUGGUCACAGAGCUCAAACAAGAGGUGAGCAACCUGCUCGAAGAGCUUCGCGAGCUUUCAGCGCGCAACGACGAGAUGCAGGCCGACCGCGAUAACGACAUCGUCGUCAUCAAGGACCUCAACGCCCAGAUGGCCAACUACAAGCGUCUCUACGAGACAGCCAAGACCGAGCUGCGCAACCUCAAAGCCACCUCGCAGCUCUACGUCCAGCCACCGAAAGCUGACGACUUUUUGCCAGCGUCCGAAAAGGGUGCGAUCGCAGAUGUCAACCUCACCGCUUUCCAGAGCUCCAUCGACGAGCUGCUCGCCGCUGCUCGAUCCAAGACGCCAGGGAACGUGCUCCUCUCGAUGAAGGAGGUGGUGCUCGCCACCACCCUCGUGACGGACGACGUUGCCAAGUACGAACAGAUUCCAGCCAACCUAGCCGAGCUUUCGCACGGGGACCAGGAACAGCUCAUGGCGCUCAAGUCAAAGUGCUCGGCUACGCUCAACAACCUCAUGACUGCCUGCCGCAACCACGCCUCGUCGCACGGACUGUCCCCCGUCAGCUUGCUCGACGCUGCCGCCAGCCACGUAUCGGCGACCAUCGUGGAUCUCGUUAAGCUGCUCAAGGUGCGAAAGGCGAGCAAGGUUGAGACGGACGAUUUCCAAGACAAGUUUGGUGAGGAUGCGGCGGCGGCGACGCGUCUCAAGCCGCUUCACAUCAAUGCGCAGGCGGCCAACCGCGAAGCGAGCGCCACUCUGUCUCCCAACACGGCCAACACGUACAGCUUUGCCAGCCUCAACCCCAGCUCUGCCGCCGGCGAAGAUCGGUUUUCGCCACGCAUUCGAAACAGCCCGACCAUGGGCCGCUACUCGCCGAUCGGGUACAAAGCCGAGGCGAUACGCAAGGAUUCGGGCGGAGACCAGCAGUGGCGCAGCCGAGCCACGUCGUUUUCGUCAGUUGGCAGCGCCAACGCCAGCACACCCAACAUGUCGACCAUGCCCGAGAUGCCCAACGUGCACGGAGCCAAGCGAUUCGUGAGCGAAUCUUCGGUGCUUGCCAGGGAACCAAGUAGGGCGGCAGCCAACGGUGUCUUGCCGCGCAGCGGAGCCAUCUCGCCCUCUCCCAUCUCGAGCGAUGACCAAGUGCAGAGAUCCGAGACGUACGACAGCCUGCAGACGGUCACCUCGGCGAGCGGCAGCGGAUUCGGCAGUCAGAACGGCGAGGAGAACUGGUCGGAGCUGCGUAACUACAUCGAGGUGCAGACGGAAGCCAUUGUGCACUCGAUCCAGGCGUUGCUCUCGGCCAUCCGAGAAGGCGCGCAAGGUGUGCAGCUCAGCGAGAACCUGACGCAGAUCACAACCAUCGUCUCGUCGAUUGUAGCCAUCUCCAAGGGCAACGUACCAGCCAGGAGCCGAGUCGAGGGCGAGAGGAUUCUGGACGAGUUGACCGACAACUGCGAAAAGCUGAGCGAGAUGCAGAGCCAUGACACAUUCGACAAGAGCACCAAGUCGACCAUGGCCAGCGCAUCCUACGGCGUCGCAAAGGGUUUGAAGGCACUCAAUGCUCUGUUCAACGAUGCCGAGCUCUCGCAGUAG